AUCGUGGUCGCACCUUCUCUCGAACCCCACCUCCUUUCGAACCUUUCAUUUUCUCGCGAUUUUCACGCAUGCACAAGUGCGCAUUACGUCAUCAAUUUGUGAGUAUCGGUGCUUUGUUUACAAACAACACGCUACAGCUGUCAAACCAAAAAUUAUGCGUCAUAAACAAUUGAAUCCAGUGAAGAGAGCUAUGAAGCACAAGGGAUAUUCUCCUUCAGCAUUGUUUAAUGCUUAUAAACUGGUUAAAGAGACGGGCAUUCCUGUGAAGACUGCUGCUAGGCAGUAUGGUGUUCCACAUAAUACACUUCGUGAUCGUGUGAAAGGCCGUGUUGACCCAGAAACACUGAUGACAGGACCAGGUCCAUUGUUCACUCAAGAAGAGGAGGCUAAACUGGUGGAACAUAUAAAGCAUAUGGCAGACCUUGGGUAUGGAUUCACCAUCACAGAAGUUGUUUCCAAAGCCAGUGAUUAUGCAGUUUUUCUGAAGAAACGUUCUCCUGACAAACCUCUCUCUGUAAAGUGGUUCAGUGGCUUCAGAAAAAGGUGGCCUGAGCUUAGAGUUACUAAGCCUAGAGCUUUAACAAAAUGUAGAGCUGCAUCCACAUCUCAACAGGCAGUGAACAGUUACUUUACAAACCUAGAAACUGUAAUCAUGAACAAUAACCUUCUCAACAAACCUGAGUGCAUAUAUAAUAUUGACGAAAAGGGCAUACAGACAGAGCACUCACCACCAUAUAUUGUGGGUGGCAAGGCAAGUGUACCUGCAAUAACUUCCUCCAGGUCAGCUGUAACCACAAUCAUUGGUGGAGGAAAUGCCAUUGGAACCCAAGUGCCUCCAUUCUUUGUGUUUAAAGGGCAGCGGAUGAAUGAAGACUUGCUUCAAGGUGCAGCUUCUGGUUCAGCUGGAACUAUGUCAAAAACUGGCUGGUCUAACUCAGUCAUUUUUCAUGAAUAUUUAGAGAGCCACUUUCUCAAAUACAUACAAAGACCAGACAGUAAUCAGCCAGUACUUGUCAUAUUUGAUGGACACAGAUCGCACAUCAAUGUUCCUGUACUUGAAUGGGCUAAAAGGAACAAUAUAAUUCUCUUUGUGCUGCCUGCCCACACAAGCCACUGUCUUCAGCCCCUGGAUGUAGGGUGCUUUGGGCCCCUACAGAAGAUAUACAACAACACAUGCCAUAAGUUUCUGAGGGAACAUCCAUCAUCGAAAAUUACCAGGUUUAAUGUUGCUGCUCUGGCUUCUAGUUCAUAUGUAACAGCACUGUCAAAUAACAACCUCAAGUCAGCCUUUCAGAAAACGGGCAUAUUUCCUCUUGACAGAACAGCCAUAAGUACUGACAACUUCAAGCCAUCAGAGCCUUAUGUUGCUCCUGUUCAAGAGCCAUCCGAACAGGUUCCUGAUGUUCAGUGUGACCUAAAUGCAUACUUCCGGGCAGCAGAGACUGUAAUUGAAUUAAAAAAGGAGUUCCAUCAGGCAUCAGCUAAGAAAACUUUCAGUAAUGUUGUUUCUGGUCAGGAAAUCACCAGUUCAGACAUAUCACAACAAAUUAUUACUAAACCCAAGCCCAUAGUAAAACAGCCAACAAAGACACCCAGGAAACCAAAGUCAAACAUCCCAAAGAAGGUCUGUAAGAAGUCAUCCAGCAAAGAAAAGCCAUAUGUACAGCCCAUUGUUUUCCACCACCCAGAACCUACUCCUGGACCAUCACACAUUAACCUUCUUCUAGAUACAGAUUCAAACACUGAUGACUCUGAUGAUGAUAUGCCAGAUGAGGACAAAUGCUGCGUCUGCAAAUUGUUUCAGCCAGCUCAACUGAAAAAUUGUGUGUCAUUGGUGAUUACAAAGUGGGCCCAGUGUGAUUCUCCAGGUUGUAAACACUGGACACACUUAAUCUACUGCUGCAAGCAGAGAGUAAUUAGGCGUAAUGAUACGUUUAUCUGCCCUUGCCAUGACCAAACAAACACUGAAGAAUAGAAAAUAAAUAACUGUUAUGAAUUGUUUAAAGUUCAAAGUUAAUUACUGUUACAGUGUUGAGACUUUUGGAACAUUUUUUUUGAACUGUGCUGUAAUUUAAAAAUAGGUUCGAAAGCAGGUGCUCUAUUUUUGGCCGCCAUUUUGUUUUAGAUGUUAGGGUGGUGGGAAACUUUGGACGAUUGUUGGAUAACUGACGAAGGAUGUAGUAACUUAAUAUUUGCAAGGUAUUUAUAAAUGAUUAUUUUACAUUG